AUGGCCGCGGCCAAAGUCUUCGCCGUACCGGAACUGCUGGAAGACAUCCUCGUCAAGAUGGCACUGCAAGAAGUCCACAUUGGCGAAAGCACGCAGCAGCAGUAUGGCCCUGCACUGUCUCUGUUCAUCCUCCAACGCGUCAACACGGACUUCUCCAACACCAUCAAGGGCUCCAUCAAGCUGCGACGGCUCAUGUUUCUGGAAUUUGCAGACCCGAAGUCCGAAGAGGCUGAGUAUCUGAAUAGCGAGGAAAGCCACGAGGACUCUGCCUAUCUUCGUCCCCUCUGGUGGCUCUUCGAGUUCUUCCGUGGAACGUCCUCCUGGCGGUACAUGACGCAGCCCUGCAAUGAUUCCGGCGACGUGAGGCUUGUCGCCUUUACCAUUGACCCAAAUGGGGGACACCUUCGCCAACAGUCACAUGUUUACUGCUUGCAAGAAGACAAGCAACGGGCUGCUCUCCGCGAAGGGGCAUCGUGGAGACGCAUGAAGCUCUUCCGAAUCCCUUACGAGUACAUAUUGAUCACGCAACCUAUCUUACUCUUGGAGCCCGAUUCUGACGGGUGUGAUGGGCGUUGGCUACUCCUCCCCGACGAGGACCUGGUCGAGGUCGAAGUCGAAGUCGACAGCGAAUGGGCAUUGGCUGACUUUUGGGAUCCUUACCAUCGACGCUGUACGUUGGAGGAUGAGCGUACCUACAACAGGAUCAAGAAGAUGGUGGAAAGCUGGUGGUAUGAACGAAAGCGGCUGGGUCCGGCAACGUAUUGA